AUGACGAACAAAGGAAAAGAUGUUAAGAUAAAGGUCAACAUGCACUGCGAGGGAUGCGCCGACACUGUUCGUAAUUGCCUCAGAGGUUUCGACGGUGUCGAAGAGAUUGUCACAGAUACGGAGAAACACGAGGUCAUUGUCAAGGGCGAAAGUGUGGAUAUUGUGGAGGUAUUGGAGAGGUUGAGGAAGAAAUUUAACAAAAAUGCCGAGCUAAUAAGCCCAGAACUCCCAAAGGCCAAGAAAGAAGAAGAGAAGAAGAAGGAAGAGAUUCCGGUCAAAACAGUAGUGCUCAAGAUUUUCAUGCACUGCGAGGGUUGCGUGCGUGAUAUCAAGAAGAGCAUCUACCAAAUGGAAGGUGUUCUAUCUGUGAAACCGGACAUGGCCGGGGGAACGGUGGCUGUCAAAGGGGCUGUCGAGCCGCCGAAGCUCAUGGAGUACAUCAAGAAAAAAACAGGCAAGCAAGCGGAGAUCGUGAAGUGCUGCAUGAACAACCUCUGCUGUCACUGCUGGGAGAAUGCUUUCAACGACGAGAAUGUCCAUUCUUGUUCCGCCAUGUAA